AUGGGGAAUAAUAAAGGAGGAAUGUUUAGAUUUGCUGAUAAAACAGACAAGUUGUUAAUGUUCUUCGGGACUUUAGGAAGUAUGGGAGAUGGUCUGCAGAUUCCUCUAAUGAUGUUUGUGCUUAGUGAAGUGAUUAAUGAUUAUGGAAACCUAAGUAGUUCAGUUUCUAUGCAUAUCGUGAACAAGUAUUCUCUAUGGCUACUCUAUGUCGCAAUUGGAGUUGGACUGUCUGCUUUUGUUGAAGGAUUAUGUUGGGCAAGAACUGCUGAAAGACAAACAUCUCGUAUGAGAUUAGAGUAUCUAAAAUCUGUACUGAGGCAGGAAGUUGGAUUUUUUGACACACAGGCAGCUGAGUCUUCCACUACUUAUCAAGUGAUUUCAACUGUCUCAGCUGAUUCAACUACGAUUCAAGUGACCAUAGGCGAGAAGAUACCUGAUUGCCUGGCUUACAUGUCAUCCUUCUUGUUCUGCCACAUCUUUGCGUUUGUGUUAUCAUGGAAGAUCACAUUGGCCGCGAUACCAUUCACCUUAAUGUUCAUCAUCCCAGGACUUGGAUUUGGGACAAUGAUGAUGAACGUGGGAAUGCAGAUGAUAGAGUCCUAUGGAGUUGCUGGAGGAAUAGCAGAACAAGCUAUCUCUUCUAUAAGAACACUAUAUUCUUAUGUAGCUGAGAACCAAACUCUCGAUAAGUUCAGUCAAUCGCUGCAGAAAGUUAUGGAAUUAGGAAUCAAGCAAGGCUUUGCUAGAGGGCUGUUGCUGGGAAGCUUGGGAAUGGUUUAUAUUAGCUGGGCUUUUCAGGCAUGGCUUGGAUCGAUUCUAGUCAGCAAACAUGGAGAGAAAGGUGGUGAUGUAUUUGUAGCAGGUUUCAAUGUUCUUAUGGGAGGAUUAAAUAUUUUGUCCGCUCUUCCAAAUCUUACAGCAAUCACAGAGGCAAAGUCUGCUGCUAUUCGGAUAACAGAGAUGAUUGAUAGACAUCCAGCAAUUGACACUGAAGAUAAGAAGGGGAAAGCAUUGUCAUAUGUAAGAGGAGAAAUUGAAUUCAAUGGUGUGUACUUCAAUUACCCCUCAAGGCCCGAUACGCCUAUCUUGCAAGGCCUGAAUCUUAGAAUUUCGCCUGGAAAAACUACAGGACUUGUUGGGGGUAGUGGUUCUGGGAAAUCCACCAUAAUUUCGUUGCUUCAAAGAUUCUAUGACCCCAUUGAAGGUGAUAUUUCCUUGGAUGGACACAAGAUAAAGAAACUCCAUCUUAAAUGGCUGAGGUCCCAAAUGGGUUUGGUUAAUCAAGAACCGAUCCUCUUUGCAACAACCAUAAAAGAGAACAUAUUAUUUGGAAAGGAGGGAACAACCAUGGAAGAAGUGGAGAAGGCAGCUAAAGCUGCAAAUGCUCAUGACUUUAUUAUCAAGUUACCAGAUGCAUAUGAAACUCAGGUUGGUCAAUUUGGGCUGCAGUUAUCUGGAGGACAAAAGCAGCGAAUAGCCAUAGCGAGAGCUUUGAUAAGAGACCCAAAAGUCCUGCUGCUUGAUGAAGCAACAAGUGCACUUGAUUCAGAGUCUGAAAGAGUGGUACAAGAAGCCCUCGAUCAUGCGUCUAUGGGAAGAACUGCAAUCGUCAUAGCUCACCGCCUAUCCACCAUUAGAAUGGCAAAUAGGAUAGUGGUUCUUCAACAAGGGAGAGUAAUCGAGUCCGGGACACAUGAAGAGCUAAUGCAAAUGACUGAUGGGGAAGGUGGAGAGUACUACAAAAUGGUGCAGUUGCAGCAACUAGCCACAUUAAACGACGUCGCCAAUACCCCUAGCCAAAAGACUGGAGGAAGAAGUAGCUAUCGAAAGGGUACUACCCCACAAAGUCCAUUCAACAUGAUCUCCAGUGCAGCCGCUACACCUGUUAUGUACCCGUUUAGCCCAGCAUUUUCCCGAAGUGCACCAUUCUCAGCUCCUUACUCCGUUCAGUUUGAAGAAUCCUAUGAAAGUGAUGAUAGCCAUUUCACAAAAGAGGUUUAUCGAGCACCUUCACAAUUGCGGUUACUGCAAAUGAAUGCUCCCGAGUGGGGCAGAGCCUUGCUUGGAUGCAUAGGAGCGAUAGGUUCGGGAGCUGUUCAGCCAAUAAAUGCCUACUGUGUUGGGGCAGUUAUAUCUGUUUAUUUCCGGACUGAUAAAUCCUCCAUCCAAUCCCACGCAAGGGUCUAUUCUUUUGUAUUCACCGGUCUUGCUGUUUUCAACUUCUUCACAAAUCUUCUCCAACACUAUAAUUUUGCUGUCAUGGGAGAAAAGCUAACCAGAAGGAUAAGGGAGAAGCUGCUUGAUAAACUCAUGACCUUUGAGAUAGGAUGGUUUGAUCAAGAUGAGAACAUGAGUGCAGCCAUAUGUGCCCGGCUAUCAACUGAAGCAAACAUGGUUCGUUCCCUUGUGGGAGACCGCAUGUCACUGCUAGCUCAAGCAUUCUUUGCUGCUACAUUUGCUUAUACAUUAGGACUUUUCCUAACAUGGAAGCUGGCCCUAGUGAUGAUGGCAGCUCAACCCUUGCUCAUUGGAAGCUUUUACGGGAGAAGUGUUCUGAUGAAAAGUAUGUCUGGUAAAGCACAGAAAGCUCAAAGGGAAGGAAGCCAAUUAGCAAGUGAAGCUGUUAUUAAUCAUAGAACUAUAACUGCUUUCUCAUCUCAGAGAAGGAUAGUAGGGCUCUUUAAAGCCACAUUAGAAGGUCCUAGGAAGGAAAGCAUCCGACAAUCUUGGUACGCCGGUGUAGGUCUGUGUAGCUCUCAAUUCCUAGCUGCAGCUUCUACAGCUUUAGCAUACUGGUAUGGUGGGAAGCUAUUGUCACAAGGGGAAAUAUCCCCUGAGAAACUUUUUCAAGCAUUUCUAGCACUGCUUUUCACUGCGUAUACAAUUGCUGAGGCAGGAAGCAUGACAAAAGAUAUAUCUAGGGGAAAUAACGCCGUGGGUUCAGUCUUUGCAAUCCUCGAUAGAAACACCGAGAUUAAUCCAGAUCAUUCGUCAGCAAUAGAUGCAAUGAGAACACAAAUAAGGGGACAUGUGGAGCUGAAAAGAGUAUUCUUUGCUUACCCAUCAAGACCAGACCAGCUGAUUUUUAGAGGAUUAAGCCUCGAGAUAAGUGCAGGAACAACAGUAGCAUUAGUUGGACAAAGUGGUUGUGGAAAAUCAACUAUAAUUGGGCUUAUUGAAAGAUUUUAUGAUUCAGAUAAAGGAUCAGUCUAUAUCGACGAAAAGGAUAUAAAAGACUACAACUUGAGAUCGCUGAGGAAAAGUAUUGCAUUAGUUAGCCAGGAACCAACUCUCUUUGCAGGAACUAUCUAUGAGAACAUUGCCUAUGGAAAAGAGAACGCCAAGGAAUCUGAGAUAAGAAAGGCAGCAGUGCUUGCUAAUGCUCAUGAGUUUAUAAGUGGGAUGAAUGAUGGAUAUGAAACUCAAUGUGGACAAAGGGGAGUGCAGCUAUCAGGAGGUCAGAAACAAAGAAUAGCCAUUGCCCGAGCAAUACUCAAGAACCCAAAAAUCCUGCUGUUAGAUGAAGCAACUAGUGCUCUUGACACUGUAUCUGAAAGCGCAAUCCAAGAAGCACUAGAGAAGAUGAUGGUUGGUCGAACAUGCAUUGUUGUGGCUCACCGCCUGUCCACUAUACAGAAAGCUACUUCUAUUGCUGUCAUCAAGGAUGGAAUAGUUGCAGAGCAAGGCUCGCAUUCAGAUCUACUUUCUAUAGGAAAAAAUGGCUCAUAUUAUUCUCUGGUAAAAUUGCAAGGGGGAAACUCUCCUUACAGGUAAACUUCAAAAACAUGAUAGUAGUGUCUCAUAUAAAGGAGCUUGUCUUAUGCAACACUUGCCACCAUUAUUGUAAAUUUGAGAUAGGGUACUUUUCCACUGAAUAUUUUGAUUCCAUUUCAUGUAUUUCUUCCAAUAAAUGUUACUCCGCUAAAUUAUUUCAUCUGGUUGAACAAUCUUAAUAGCAACUCAAAUCUCCUUCCACUUCAAUUCUCAAAAACUUCAAAUGUAGAACGAUGAAAAACGAAAUCCAUAAAGAUGGGAUCAAUCAUACAACUAAUUUAUAUUCAGAAGUGUUGUCAACUGCAGAACGACAGGGUGAGAUCAACAUCAUAUUCUUUUCCUUUAGGCAAAUGGCAUCACAUUUUGGCUUUCAUAGCAUCCGCUAAGAAUAAACUAAUCAUACAAGUACGUAAAAGAAAAAUUAUCAUAUCCAAGAAUAAAGAUAAUUAGGUUACUACGUAAAACAAGCCAGCUCAAAAGAAAGGAAAGCGAAGAUUAACAGUAACUUAGGGGCGGAUGCAGUGUACAAGAUACGGAUUCAUCCGAACUCAACAGUUUUGGCUCAACCUCUGUAAAUGCGGUAAAAAACCCACUAAAUGAGUACAAUAAUAUAUUUCAAACUCAGUAAAUGAAUUAGUCUGUGAUAGAACUUCAAACACAAACUCAUAAAGUUCAAAUUCCCUGCUUUUGCACUAACUAAAUAGUUUGUACAUUACAAACAAGUAACUAACCAAAGAGAAAGUAAGAAUGACAAAACAAGUAAGUAUAUUAUUGUUUACAACAAAAAUUGUGUCUUGUACCUGAUUCGGGUCGCCACAUUGACCCCAAAAAAACCGCCUUAGACCCAUUUGAAACCGCCUUAAAUGCGGCAUCCCAAAGCAUUUUCUGAUUAAUCUCCAGCAUCCAACUCUUAUGGGCUUCUUUCCCGUGACCUUGAUUAAAAGCCAGAAAUUGUGGUGUUACCAAUAGGGAAUCUGGUGUUUUUACAAUAGAAAGAUCUACUAAGAUUUAUGUCAUCAUAAUGGACACACCUUUGUCCUUCAUCUUGUUGUUUAAAUUAAGCUGAAAGGACAGUGAGCUAAUAUUGGAUCUUGUGGAAUUAGAAGAUUUUUCUGCACUAUGGAACGCCAGGCGCUCGCCCAAUAGUCCCUUGUAUUUCAAAUUCACUA